GUAGGCCCUCCUUAAUUUCAUUUGAUGAUGACAUUAAUUUGGGCAACGAUAGCUUAAAUACUCAUUCCAUCAUCUCUAACCCCUUCUCCAACUUUCACAAUAUAUUAAUUCUUUGGCUAUACCCUUUCUCACACAUAGGCAAACAAAUAUACAACACUCUCUCCUUCAUCUUCAAGGUUGUGUGAAAAUGGGAGCGGGUGGCCAUACCACUAAUCGCCCAUCACAAAGGAAAAUGAAGAAUGACGAACCUUUGAAGCGAGUCCCAAUCACAAAACCGCCAUUCACGCUUGGCGAAGUCAAGAAAGCAAUUCCACCACAUUGUUUCAACCGCUCCCUAAUUCGCUCAUUUUCCUAUGUCAUUGUAGACCUCACCAUUGCUUCGAUCAUGGCGUACAUUGCUACAAAUUACUUCUUUACCCUUCCUCGCAAUCACUUCCUUUGGGCCUGGCCCAUUUAUUGGGCCAUCCAAGGAUGCAUUCUAACUGGAGUGUGGGUCAUUGCACACGAAUGUGGCCACCACGCGUUCAGUAAUUACCAAUGGGUUGAUGAUUUGGUAGGCCUUGUCCUUCAUUCAUGUCUUUUAGUACCUUAUUUUUCGUGGAAAUACAGUCACCGUCGCCAUCACUCUAACACUGGUUCUCUCGAACGCGAUGAAGUUUUUGUUCCUAAGAAAAAGUCUCAAAUUGGUUGGUACUUUAAAUACCUUGACAAUCCACUAGGAAGAUUUCUCACACUUACUAUUACACUCACUCUAGGUUGGCCACUUUACUUAGCCUUCAAUGUUUCGGGUCGGCCCUAUGAUAGGUUCGCUUCACAUUACGAUCCAUAUGGCCCAAUUUAUUCCGAUCGUGAAAGACUUCAAAUUUAUAUUUCAGAUGUCGGGGUUCUUGCGGUUUCUUAUGGGCUUUACCGCCUUUUUUCGGCCCAAGGUUUGAAUUGGGUCAUUUGUGUUUAUGGAAUUCCACUUCUUGUGGUUAAUGGUUUUUUGGUUUUAAUCACUUACUUGCAACACACUCAUCCUGCUUUGCCUCAUUAUGAUUCAACUGAAUGGGAUUGGAUGAGAGGUGCUUUAGCUACUGUGGAUAGAGAUUAUGGAAUUCUUAAUAAAGUUUUUCAUAACAUAACCGAUACUCAUGUGGUUCAUCAUAUGUUUUCUACUAUGCCUCAUUAUCAUGCUAUGGAAGCUACAAAGGCUGUGAAACCUAUUUUGGGUGAAUAUUAUCAUUUUGACGAGACUCCUAUUUUUAAGGCUAUGUGGAGAGAAGCUAAGGAGUGUAUUUAUGUUGAGCCUGAUGAAGGUAGUGAGAUUAAAGGUGUCUAUUGGUACAAAAAUAAGUUGUAACAAGGUAAUGUAAUAGUGUCAUAGUGUGAUGGGAAGUGUGAAGUAGCUACCAUUUAGGAUGAUAUUUGCUUUGUUGUCUUAAUUAUGUUGUGUCUAUGUUUCUAGUUAUGAGUCUUUGGAAUAAUUGCUAAUAUGCUUAUUCAUGGAAAUAAUGGUCCUUAAUAAAAGGACAGUGCGUAGUUAUUUUAGUAAUACUAAUAAAGUUUAAGUCUUGCAAUCGAUCGUUAGUUGGUUCAGUGAGGAUUGACGCUGAACUUCGUAGGGAGGACUACAGUUCGAUAUCCCCAACUGCGAUCAGGAGGAGGCCGAAACCACUUGUGCCAAAACUGACAUCCAAACUAGAUUAGACGGUCUAGUGGACUGAAUACUGAUAGGACAAAAGUUUAAGUCUUGCAGUGGUAUAUUAUAUACAAUUUUUAAUAUUGAUGGUUUGAAAUAAUUUUGUGUCUUUUAAAGGUAGAAAAUAUAAAAUUCAUUAUAUUUAUGUUAUUUUGAAGCCUAUAAAAGUUUGAGUUUUACUUUUCGCACCCAGUUUAAAGUGUACACUAAGUUUGUACUAUAAAUAGCGAACCGUGUUUCAUCUAGGGGGCGCAGACGUUGGGUUUGAGUUAAAAAUAUCGUCACUCGUUAUUUAGAGUGCGAAAAGUGCUCGCAUUCUAGAAAGCAAGGGGCUAGUUUGGUCAUUUCAGGGGAUGACUGAUAAAUUUUAGAGGGUGCGAAAAGCAAAUCCCUAGAAGUUUAACAAUGCUCUUGGGCUUACAACCUUAAAGCCUCAUACAGAAGUACAACCUUAAAGCCUCACAAAAAAGAAA